CAAAUCUACUUUCCUCCCCUCCCCAACAGUAUGAAGUGAAACGGAACUGAAUUUUUGUACCAUCCGCAACUGCUUCAAGUUCAGAUCAUAACAAAGAAACUGAAGAUAAACCACCCAAAACAAGCAAAGUUGCAACACCGAAGACACGUGGAGAAAAAUAAAAAGAGGAUCACUUCAAGGGUUUAAAACACAAGAAGUAACCAAAUCCUGAAACGACCAAAGAAGACGCCCAUCAGCCCAAUUGAAACGCAGAAGAGAAGCAAUCCAAUGCCCAAGCAUAUUCUGAGAAGACAAUAACUGAUCUGAAACCAGAAGUUUGUGCCUACUCAACAGCUUUGACAAAGCACACGUCCCAACGCUGCUCCUAGCCCUCCUCAUCCUCACCACACCACCGACUCACCACCGGGGUGUGGAGUGGGCUGCUAUCUGCUAGUUUUUUUUUGUUUUGUUUUUUUCUUCCCCCAUAGCCCCCCUGUCUCUCCCUCCCUCUACUGUUUUCAUUGUAAUAUUUUCUAAGCAGUGUUAUUGCACCUGCGUUUGCCUUUUUUUUUCUUUUUCUUUUUUUUGUGAGUUAGAUUUCUCCCCUCUUUUGCUUUAUGCGACCAUCUAGAACUUGUGCCAGAAACCUGUAACAAGUGUGUGUGUUCAACUGUGUGCGUGAAGAGAUCCACAGGAACUGCAUAGUCAGAGAUCCUGAGAAUUACAAGAUUCAAGACGACAAAUCAAGACGUCCAGCGGUGUAUCAUUUGGGUGGUUGCAUAGAAAUAGUACUUAACCGUCAAGCAAAAAAAAAAAAAAAAUACAAAAAAUUAAUCCAGUUCAGCAAGUGCUCAAGCAAGUUUGGUCCGAGUUUAUGGGAAAAUAUGGGCAGCCCCUGGAAAGGCUUUGUUGAGUUUACCUUGCCUGCGUCGCCACCCACCGCGUUCGUUAGCGCUGACCUGAGCAGCACCUCCCCUGUCGGACUCAGCCUGUCGCCAUAUGGCCGAUCCAUGAGUUUUGACCCAGGUAUGCUCCAUAACAAUGGACACACUGCAUACGCCAACGGCACAGGGCCUGGCAUAAGAGAGACUGGUGUGGUGGAGAAGCUCCUAACGUCUUACGGGUUCAUCCAGUGCUCCGAACGCCAGGCUCGGCUGUUUUUCCACUGUUCCCAGUACAAUGGCAACCUGCAGGAGCUUAAAAUAGGAGAUGAUGUAGAGUUUGAGGUAUCCUCUGACAGGCGCACUGGCAAGCCCAUAGCAGUGAAGCUGCUUAAGAUAAAGCCAGAGGUGCUGCCAGAGGAGCGGAUCUCGGGCCAGGUGGGGCCAGACCUGCACGCCUAUCCCUUUACUGUGCUGCAUGGUUAUAUUCAUCCAGUUGUCUCAGCAAUCCCAGUGCACUUGGAUGGAAAAUCUGCUCCCGGCCAGGUGCCCACCGGCAGUGUUUGUUAUGAAAGAAACGGGUGGUGUGGCCUUUCACAGGAGGUGUUCUACCUUACCUACACUCCUGACGACGUAGAGGGUAACAUCCACCUGGACACGGGCGACAAAGUCAGCUUUUACAUGGAGACCAACAAGCAUACUGGUGCGGUCAGUGCUCGCAAUAUUCAACUUGUGAAGAAAAAGCAAAUGAGAUGCCAGGGUGUGGUGUGUGCCACAAAGGAGGCCUUUGGGUUCAUUGAGAGGGCCGACGUGGUGAAGGAGAUCUUCUUUCACUACAGCGAGUUCAAGGGUGAUCUAGAGGCUCUGCAGGCUGGAGAUGAUGUCGAGUUCACCAUCAAAGACCGAAAUGGUAAAGAAGUGGCCACAGAUGUGAGGCUGCUCCCCCAAGGAACAGUCAUCUUUGAAGAUAUCAGCAUUGAGCAGUUUGAAGGCACUGUCGUCAAGGUCAUUCCCAAGGUUCCCACCAAAAACCAGAACGAUCCUCUGCCAGGUCGCAUCAGUGCCCGGAUUGGUUUCACUGACAAGGAACUGCCAUUCGGCGAGAAGGACACAAAGUCCAAGGUGACCCUGUUGGAGGGAGAUCACAUCCAGUUCAACAUCUCCACCGACCGCAGAGACAAGCUGGAAAGGGCUACCAACAUCGACAUCCUCCCUGACACCUUCAACUUCACCAAGGAGACCCGUGAAAUGGGGGUGAUUGCGGCUAUACGCGAUGGCUUUGGAUUCAUCAAGUGUGUGGAUCGGGAUGCCAGGAUGUUCUUUCACUUCAGUGAAGUCCUAGAGGAGAGCCAACUGCACAUCUCCGAUGAAGUGGAGUUCACUGUUGUGCCUGUAGGUCCUGUUUAUAAGCUUUUCACAAAAGACAUGCUGUCUGCUCAGAGGAACCAUGCCGUGCGCAUCAAGAAGCUGCCCAAGGGCACAGUGUCCUUCCAUACCCAGUCUGAGCAGCGCUUUGUGGGUGUGGUGGAGAAGGAAGUGGCAACCACCAAUAAGAAUGCCAGUCCCACCAAGAGCAAGGAAAAGAAAAAAGACAAGGGUAAAGUUGUAGAAAAGGAAGCUGAGGAAGGAGUUAUUGCGUAUGAAGACUGCGGAGUGAAGCUCACUGUGCCAUACCAUACCAAGGACCUGGAGGGAGGUGGUCACCCACUGGUUGGAGACAAGGUGGAGUUCUCCAUCAAUGAAGUGAAGCGAACUGGCCAGCAGAGUGCAGUCUCCAUCAGAGUCCUCAACCGUAAUGCCUCCAACGCAAAGAGACUGCAUGGAUUUGUUGCCACACUGAAGGACAACUUUGGCUUCAUUGAGACAGCAAAUCAUGACCAGGAGAUUUUCUUUCACUACAGUGAAAUGUGUGGAGACUUGGAGAACCUGGAGCUGGGUGACACGGUGGAGUACACUCUCUCUAAAGGAAAAGGAAACAAAGUCAGUGCUGAAAAGGUUACCAAAGUAGCUGCAGUGAAUGGUAUUGGUGAGGAUGUUGGUACAACAGUGAUGAUGGGGAAAGUCAUCCGUCCCUUACGUAGUGUGGACCCCUCCCAGACAGAAUAUCAAGGGCUUAUUGAAGUCACAGAGGAAGGUGGAACUAAAGGCCAGAAUUAUCCCUUUGGAAUCAUGGGUAUGGCAAACAAGGCAGAUUGUCUGCAGAAAGGAGAACUUGUGAAGUUUCAGGUUUGCACAGUCGCCCAAACUGGACAGAAGAUGGCCUGCAAUGUGGUUCCUCAGCGCAGAGCCAUGGUGGAGUGUGUCAAAGAUCAGUUUGGCUUCAUCACGUAUGAAGUUGGUGAAAGCAAGAAGUUGUUCUUCCAUGUAAAAGAAGUGCAAGAUGGCCUGGAGCUCCAGACCGGAGAUGAGGUGGAGUUCUCAGUUGUCCUCAAUCAACGCACAGGAAAAUGUAGUGCCUGCAACGUACGCAGAGUCAGUGAGGGGCCUAAACCAGUGGUGACUCCGCGUCCUGAUCGUCUGGUUAAUCGUUUGAAGAGCAUCACCCUUGACGAUGCCAGUGCUCCUCGCCUGGUCAUUGUACGACAGCCCCGUGGUCCUGACAAUUCAAAGGGCUUCAAUGUGGAGCGCAAGACCCGCCAGCCCGGUGUCAUUGACUGAGCAAUACAGAGCCCCGCCUUGUUCGGUGUUGGUGGGAUGCUGUCCCAAAGGGGCAACAGCAGGGGAUAAGGGAAUUUGAUUUAACACAUGCUUGUACACAAACUCAUACACAAAACAUACGCACACAUACAGUAAUCGGCAUGUGUAAUCUUUGUUCCCAUUGAUACCUGCCAGGGAACUUGUCUCAUUCCGUAGUUCCCUGCCUCCCAUGUAUGAUGUACUUGAUAGAGUUCCACACUGCAGUGUACAUGGGAUCUGAGUGUGUGCGUUUGUGUGUGCGUCUGUGUGUGUGCUGUAUCCUAGAAGUCAUUAUAGUGUGUAACGGAGGUAUUUGUUUGAGGGUCUUGUACCUCUAAAUCAGAG